AUGAAGCGUCAGACAGGAGAGGUUCGGACUCCGCAGGCCCUGCCACCCAAGGCCCCGCAGGAAAGCGACUAUCAACCGCCAAUUGGACCGCCGCCGGCCGUCCAAUCUUCUUCCGUCAAUCAUGAGCAGAGUGCAGCAGCUCCGUUACGGCUAGCGUCUGUCCAAACCUCUUCACAACCAUCUCCCUCUCGAGCAUCUCCACCGGUACCCGAUACGCCUGGGACGAAAUUACAGAAGCAACGAAACACCACUUAUCAGAUUCGCCAUGUGAAUUGGCUGGAUGAGUCUCGCGAUGGGAAGCUGCCAUCGGCGGGGUUACGCAACUCUCCCAUCAUGACGCAGAACGCAAACGGCCCAUGCCCUCUGCUCGCGCUCGUCAACGCCCUGGUUCUGACCACCCCUCCGGACGCCGAAACGUCGCUCAUUGAAACCCUGCGAACCCGCGAACAAAUCAGUCUCGGUCUACUCCUCGACGCGGUGUUUGACGAACUCGUGUCGAACCGGAGGGAAGGAUCAUCGGAGAAGCUGCCAGACGUCAGUGAACUGUACUCCUUCCUGCUGGCGCUGCAUACCGGCAUGAAUGUCAACCCGCGUUUUCACAAGACUGGUGCGUUCGAAGAGACCAUGGAAAUGAGGCUCUACAGCACGUUCAACAUCCCUCUCAUUCAUGGUUGGACGGCGCCGACCGAUACUCCGGCAUACGAAGCCUUCCUUCGUUCCGCACAGACUUUCGAAGAUGCGCAGAACAUUCAAUUCAUGGAGUCGGAUCUCGAGGAGAAGAUGCGAAGCGAGGGCCUCUCGGCUCAGGAGACGCAGACUUUGGAGGACAUUCACGUCAUCAAAUCGUUUCUCAACACUUGGCCGACACAGCUGACUGACUACGGCUUGGAGACGAUGUCGAAGAGCUUACGACCUGGGCAGGUGGCGAUUCUCUUCCGAAAUGAUCACUUCAGUACCUUGUAUAAGGAACCGAACCACGGUGCGUUGAUGACCUUGGUCACGGACGCGGGAUACGCCGGCCACGAUGAGAUUGUGUGGGAGAGUUUAGUGGAUGUCAAUGGUGCGGCGAGUGAAAUGUUCAGCGGGGAUUUC